UUGGACCAGCGAGCCAGCAGCAGAGAACAGCAGCUUGAUGCUUCUGUAAACACAGGUAGGCUAUAGAUUACAAAGUGUAUAGCUUAGAAACUUUUAACAGCAAAGAAUCCAUUUUUCAAACUCGUUCGAAAUACGUCAAACCAACUCCAGAAUGAGACUUUCGGUACCAUGGACAGCUCUUGUUUUCCUCCUCGUUCAGGGCGUCCUACCAGCUUCUCCAGUUAAAAAGAUUGGCAACAGCAUGGGACGAUUUGCCAAUGCCACCUUGGUGCGUCUGUCCGAGUUCCUGAGCGCUGGGUACAAGAAAGGGGUUCGACCCGUGAAGGACUGGCGCGACUCCACCUCGGUGGCGAUCGACCUCAUGAUUUACUCCAUUCUCAACGUGGAUGAAAAGAACCAGGUGUUGACAACGUACAUCUGGUACAGGCAGGCAUGGACUGAUGAAUUCAUGGUCUGGAACCCAGAGGACUUUGAUGAGGUGAAACAAGUCUCUAUUCCAACUGCCAAUGUGUGGGUGCCGGACAUACUGAUCAACGAGUUCGUAGACGUGGGCAAGUCCCCGGAUAUUCCCUACGUCUACGUGACCCACGAGGGCCUGGUGAGCAACUACAAGCCCAUCCAGGUGGUCACCGCCUGCACCCUCAACAUCUACAACUUCCCCUUCGACGUCCAGAACUGCAGCCUGACCUUCCAGAGCUGGCUCCAUACCAUCAAAGACAUCAACAUCACACUAAUGCGGAGCCCCCAGGAGCUGAAGGAAGACCACAGCCUGUUCAUGAACCAGGGCGAGUGGGAGCUGCUCCACGUGCUGUCCGCUUACAAGUCCUUCAGCCUGGACAACGACGACUACUACGCCGAGAUGAAGUUCCACGUGGUGAUCCGGAGGCGGCCGCUCUUUUACACGGUGAACCUGCUGCUGCCCAGCAUCUUCCUGAUGGUGAUGGACAUCGUGGGCUUCUACCUGCCCCCCGACAGCGGGGAGAGGGUCUCCUUUAAGGUGACGCUGCUGCUGGGCUACUCCGUCUUCCUCAUCAUCGUGUCUGACACGCUGCCCGCCACCGCCAUCGGAACCCCCCUCAUAGGCGUGUACUUCGUGGUGUGCAUGGCGCUGCUGGUGAUCAGCCUGGCCGAGACCAUCAUCAUCGUGCGCCUCGUGCACAAGCAGGACCUGCAGCGGCCCGCUCCCGACUGGCUGAAGCGGCUGGUGCUGGAGAAAGCCCCCGUCCUCUUCUGCAUCCACACCAAGCACCGCCUGUGCUCCAUGCUGUCCACGCACUCCUCCUCCUCCUCCUCGUCCACGUCCUCCUCCUCCCAGGCCGCCUCCGACCUGGAGCGCUUCAAGGAGCCCGGCUACGGGAGAGGGCCCUGCUCUCUCCACCACACCUGCGAGAUGGGCCACACGGGGCUCGUCGGGCUCGACGGACUGGGCGGCCCCCCCACCCACCACCACCACCACCACAACCACCCCCACCAAACCGAACGGGACGGGGGGGGUCUCCUGGGGGGCCUGGGCGUCCCGCCGGUGGUGGACAACAUCCUGCAGGAGGUGACCUCCAUACGCCACUUCCUGGAGAAGAGGGACAAAUGCCGGGAGGUCGCCAAGGAGUGGCUGCAGAUCGGCUACGUGCUGGACGUGCUGCUGUUCCGGGUCUACUUGGUUGCCAUGGUGGCGUACAGCAUCACGCUCGGCACCCUGUGGUCGGUGUGGCAGAUCGUCUGAGGAUUACGACUCUUUAGCGCGCCGAGCCGAAGCGCCCUGCUCCGCCGAGGUUGUAUGGAGCAGCAGGCCAACCGUGUAGCGCUUGGGGAGCCCCAGGGGGGCGUCGGGGGGUACAGCGGUUAGAGAGUAAGAGGUGUCAUUACGGCCGCAGGCUGCUUUACUUAGUCAUGCACACAUGUACAGUGCUCUAAGAAACAGGGGAGGACAGAUGGAGACGUGGGCAUCCGGGUGGGAUGUUAGUGCGUAGUAUACUCGUCUUCACCUAUUCUUGUAUAUUAUUGUUGCCACCGGAUACGCUGAUGUAAGAUACUGGGGAUGAGCAUAACGACAUGUUAGAUGAAUGAAUAUCUCAACAUUAACAAAAAAGCAACCGCAACGAUAUUCCAUAGGAAUUGUUCUGCUGGGUUAGAAAACAGUGUUUGGAGAAUUAUACACACUGUACAUAACUAGUCUGACGCUCAGGCUGGAUUGAGCUCACUCUGGAUAUAAUUCAUGCUAUUCAUUAACUUGAUCAACCCGGUUUACCUAUUAAAACCAACAAACCGUAUUUUAGCCUACUAUUCCAUUUUGAAAUCAAGAGAGGAAAUUGGUUGUAGAAGGGCAAAUGACGUGUGUACUUAUUACCUACUUAACUUAACAGUGUUGUGUCGUGUUGAUACAAUCCAUAUGUUAAUCCUGGAUGUGAGCCUUUCUAUUGUGCUGAAGACGCAGCCAUAGCCUCCUGUGUUCACAAUGAGUUGUACAAUACUCAAUAUAUUCUUAAAAAAAAUAAAGGCUUUUCUUCCCCAAGCUUGCUGACAUGCUUCCAAAAAGUCAAAACACAGGUCAGUUUCAUUGCUUUGAAUUAAUUAACAUUCAAAAAUACUUAGUUGAGGAAAAAAUAACUCUUGAUAAGCCAUACUUAUGUGUCCCUAUUGUAUCAAAGACUUACUGGAUAUUGGUAAUUAGCGCAUAAAAGAGCCAUAAUGAGGCACUUUUGACAUGGCUGUCAAAAGUGUAUCAUUAUAAGGUACAAUGACUUUCAAUUGCUUUUAUAAUUUUUGCAUAGCAGUUUCUGCUGAUUUCCUUUGUGAAAGCUUCCAGUAAAGUGUGUGUUUAGGAGUGUAUGUAUGCGUAAUCAUGUUUUGAAUUAAUAAAAAUACAUGAAUAUGA